AAGUGCUGCAUAAUAAAACCAAAUGCACCUUUUCAAUAAUGUAGUUGACGCUGCACAGACAUGCGUGCCUUCAUGUUCAGUUAAAUGGUGUCUUUACACGCUACAUUUGGGAAACUGCUUCCAAAUGUGCAAUGUGGAUGAAAUUACAACUCAAUUUUAUUUAUAUUUGCAGAAGAUACAUUUCUUUUAUGGUGUUUAAAAGCUAAGAGAGUUAGUUGGGUGAUGUUUUAGACUUGGAUUGACUUAUUUUCAAUACAGCAUGAUGAAUGAAAUGGAAGUCCGUACGCAGUUCUCCAGAGCCAUCCACAUAUGUAAAAACAAGCAAAGUUUAAUUUACUUUAACUACAUAUUUUUAAUUCAAUAAAAUAAAGCUACGAAUAAUAAAAGGAUCGUUGUGUCUUAGCAACAGCCCCAUCUGGUGACGAGGACGUGUCACUACACUGCUUCCUCGAGGAGGCUUGUUUUAAUUCUGACGUGGCGCGUCACGAGAGGUCGCCUGGUUCCUCCGUGGGCUUCCCUGAUUGGACGAAACGCAGCCUAAUGCCUUUUCAUCUCUCGCCCAGCUGUGGCAUGUCAACAGACAGGUGGCAGCGGCGUUGGUUUAUCAAUAAACCACACGCACACACACUGCUUAAUCAGCCAUGUUUUAGUCGGACAACAGAGUAGAAUUUUAUCCAAAACAAGGUGAUGCCUCAGCUGACGGCCACCGCGGCUCUCCAGUUGGCGCUGCUGCUGUCCGCCUUGCCCGCCCAGUACUUCAUCUCCCGCUGGAGCGGCUCUACGGCGUCGCAGCGCCUCCACACGUCCACACGGUUUCUUCGAGUGUGGAACGAGUGGAGGAAGUCGUACCUCAAUGCAAGUGCGUGGACAGAGUGGGGAGAGCGGCAGGUGUCCAAAGUGUGGUCCUUCCUCGGUCUCCAGACGGAAGACGAAGUGGCCAAGAAGAUGGUUGCCAUGGAAACCAUGCUGCGUGACAACAAUCAGGGAUUCUUUGGAGCCUCCAAGGCCGUGCGCAGUCCGCGGCCGCCCUACGUCUUCCUGCGGGUGGGCGAGGUGGUGAUAGAGAGGAAGGGGCACCGGGUUGGGGUGGUGGUCAGCUGGGACUCUGAGAUGCGGGCCCCCGCCGAGUGGGUUGACAGGAUGUACAGCGAUGUGGAGGCCCACGCAGCAGAGAAGACGCCACACUACAAGGUUCUGUUCGGCGGGCCCAGACCGGCGUCUCUGUUUGUGGCCUACCUGCCUCAAACGCAACUCAAGCGCAUCCGAGGGACGCAGCCGGACAUUCCCACCUUGGAGAAGUACUUUUCACAUUUCGACGGCGAGCGCUUCGUCCCGCUGCCUUGGCUCAGAAAGAUCUUCCCCGAGGACGAAACGGAGGAUGCCUGAGCCAACUUGUGAUGGGAUGGGUCCACUCACGACUCCCCGUCUAAGCACCAGCGAGCUUGAUGUAUUUUACAGUACAGUACUGGGUCACUACUACCUAUUACUACUAGUACUAGUAAACCUGUGAGGCUGAACACAUAAAGUCAAAUGGUUACAUAAUGGAAACAAUCUGUUCCAGGGUCAAACUGUGGUCAUCAAACCAUUUUUGACCGCAAUGCUUUAAGUAAAAUGAAUUAAACUGGUAUUUAUAGUGAAACAGCUCUUUUGCUCAAGAACAACUAAAAGCACAAAAGCUAAAGAGUUAAUACUUUGAAGCUGUGCAACUAAUUUGUAUUUGAAAAUAUCAAUCGUUUCUGCUUUUGCCCACAUGUAAGCAGGCUAAAUACAUGUUGUACUUCACCUCAAAGACGCUACCUGCUUUUGGUUUUUGUGAGAAAUCAUUGGAAACGAUCAUGAUAGAAUUGCUAUUAAUCUCAUGGUGGCCCAGUCAUUUUGCAAAGUGCUGUGUUUUGCUAUUUUCAACCAAAAUGUGCCAAGAAACAAUAACAUCCAAAGACAGGCUGUAUGUAUAACUAUGAAUGUGUGAGUGCAAAUAAAUGAUGCAUUUAAAAUUUUUAAUCUUACCUUAAAUCAAUGGUCG